ACAAACCAUCACCAGCUCAUAGCAGUUAGGUGAACCUCUUUUUCUCCUCGUUAGACCUUUCUUUCUCCCCACCCCAACAUCAAUGGACCAUGCUAAAACCUCACUUCCUCCGCCGUCGCCGUCCCUCCACCUCCCAUCUCCGGCGAUGGACGGCCACCCCUCGAUCCCCAUCGACGACCCCAACUCCUCCGUCUGGGACUUCGCUGACCUCCUCGACUUCACCGAAGACGCCGACAUCUUUCCCGAUCCCUGGGACACCACCGUCGAUGGCAGUCCCCCUGCGACAGCCGCCCCUCUCGCCGACCCCGACCCCGACCCCGACCCUCUCCCUCCCCAUCCCCCUCCCCCGGCCGACACUGGGGCCGCCCGGACCCGGAAGCGGGACCCUCGACUCGUCUGCUCCAACUUCCUCGCUGGCAUCGUCCCCUGCGCCUGCCCCGAGAUCGAUGAGAAGCUCGAGGAGGAGGGUCUUCCCGGGAAGAAGCGGACGCGGACCCAGCGCUCUGGGUCGGGCGUGGCUCGCUGCCAGGUUCUGGGCUGCGAGGCGGACAUCAGCGAGCUCAAGGGCUACCACCGAAGGCACAGGGUCUGCCUCCGCUGUGCCCACGCCACCUCCGUGGUCUUGGACGGAGAGAGCAAGCGGUACUGUCAACAGUGCGGCAAGUUCCACAUCUUGUCUGAUUUUGAUGAAGGUAAACGAAGUUGUCGGAGGAAAUUAGAGCGCCACAAUAACAGGCGGCGGAGGAAGCCUGUUAAUUCUGACAAUGCUGUAGGAAAGGAUUUCCAACAGGAAGUAAACGCUGAGGAUGUUCCAUGUGAAGAUGAAGACGGGAAAGAUAUCUUGGGCUCGAGGAGCCAGUUAGGUGAAAAGGAACCUUCAUUAGAGCCUGAAGAUGGACAAGUAUCUCCCCCCUGUUCUGCUCCUGAGUUGCAGAUAGUUAAUUAUACAGAUAGUGUAGUAUCAGUUGUAGCUUCUCGAGAUACCCAAGUCCGCGGUACAAAAGAAAAUACCAAACAAUCACUUUCUCCAUCAUAUUGUGACAAUAGGAGUACUUACUCAUCCGUGUGUCCCACAGGUCGAAUAUCAUUUAAGCUGUACGAUUGGAACCCAGCAGAGUUCCCAAGGCGUCUUCGCCUCCAAGUAUUCCAGUGGUUAUCUAGUAUGCCUGUUGAAUUGGAAGGUUAUAUCCGUCCAGGAUGUACAAUCUUGACUAUGUUCAUUGCAAUGCCCAAGAUUAUGUGGGUUAAGUUAUCUGAAGAUCCAGUAUCAAGCAUACGUGAUUUUGUUGUUCGACAUGGAAGCGUACUACCUGCAAGGAGCACCUUCUUUGUAUAUCUAAACAACAUGAUAUUUUGUGUUCUAAAGGGUGGGUCUUCAGUGGUGAAAGUUAAGGUGGACGAUCGAGCCCCAAAACUUCAUUAUGUUUAUCCUUUGUGCUUCGAGGUGGGCACUCCUGUGGAGUUUGUUGCUUGUGGAAGUAAUUUGCUACAGUCCAAGUUCCGGUUUCUCAUAUCUUUCAGUGGCAAAUAUCUGGCUUGUGAAUCCAGUCUUGUAUCUCCAAAUUAUGGAUCUGGAGAGGGCAAUGACUGUAAACAUGACCGUCAGUUCUAUAAUAUUCACAUUCCUCACACUCAACCCAAUCUCUUUGGUCCUGCAUUUGUUGAGGUCGAAAAUGAGUCAGGGUUAUCAAACUUCAUCCCUGUUCUUUUUGGUGACAAAGAAGUUUGUUCAGAGAUGAGAAAAAUACAGCAGAGCGUCGAGGGGUCUUUCUCAACAAGGGAUUCAGAUUUUCCAGGCGCUAGCUCUUCAUGCGAGUCCUUUAUUCCAGGACAAACAGCGAUUUCUGAAUUUCUCGUGGACAUUGGUUGGUUGCUAAAGGAACCUCCAUCGGAGAACCUUCACUCUGCUUUAUCAGCAUCACAGAUCCAAAGGCUCAUUUGUGUACUAAAUUUCCUGAUAGAGAAUGAAUCGACUGUUAUCCUAGAGAAAAUUUUGUUGAUCUUGCGAAAGCUAAUGGAGGAAUUUGAAGUUAACAGUGGAAGUGGAGACUCGUGUAAUGCCGAAAUUGAUGCCUUAAGGAUAAGAAUGGACUAUGCACAGGAUUUUCUCUUUCAGAAACUUCAGAGAAUCGGGGUUCCACCACUGUGCUCAGGGUUCUCGGCUCUCAAAGAGGAUUCCAAUACUCAAAGGUCCUCUCUCAAGAAUGAGGUUCCGGCCGUUCAAGAUGCUGAUCAGGACAUGGAGAUUGGAGAGAAUAAAAACCAGGGACCAUUGACGACCCUGACUUUUACCGAUAAAGCUGAGGUCGUUCCACUCUUGGAUUUCGAGGGGUCCGAGCGUGGCACCCUUCUCAAGAGAAACCCAUCGAGACAGAUUUUCUCCCCGUUGUUGCUGAGAUCUCGGCCGUCUCUGUACAUAGUUACCACAGCAGCUGUCUGUUUUGGAGUCUGUGCAGUCCUCCUCCACCCGCACAAGGUUGGGGAAUUUGCAGUGUACGUUCAUCGGCGCCUCUUCGAUGCACCAUAGACAAACCGACUUGGUCCUCCUCUUGUUAUUCAUCAAGAAGAAAAAUGAUCCUCAAUAGUGGUCCUCUUCUUCGUGUAUAUAUAGAUGGCUCGAAGCUCAGGGUUAUGCCCCCAAUAGGCUGAUGGAAGAUAUGCAGGCUUUAGUUUCCUGGUUAAAUUUUUGGUAGGCUUUUUAGUUACAUCUUCCUGGUCCAGACCCUUUAGCUCACUUGUGAAAGAAUAAUGUUUCGGUUUCGAUUCUCAAUGUACUUUGAUGUCCAUUUUUUUGGUGUGCGAGGGACAAACAUGACGCGAGACAGCUGCCAACAUACUAGACAUGGAAAUUGUUAGCUUUGUUAUGUUAUACCAUGUAGAUCCGAUCAUGCCGAUCUUUCGGGCA